AUGUCCCUCAAGGAAAGUCUUAAAGAAGUAGGCUGGCAUCUUACUCAAGAUGGUAUUGAUACUAUUAGCGAAAAUGGUGAAAUACAAGAUGUAAAUAUUAUUAGCCGAAAAGCUUUAGAUUUUGAUUUGAGAGAUGUUGGUGAUGCUGCAUUUCCUGAAGACUUUACUAAAGAUCCCACCAAGUUAGAAAAACCAAUAGUUGUACAAAUACAGAAGAUAAGAAAUGUCUCAGCCCCAAAAGCUAAUGAGGAAUCAAGUUCAGCUCCACGGAUGCUGAGGCUGACAUUACAUGAUGGGAAGUCAUCCUGCACUGGUUUAGAGACAAGUCCUAUUCCAGGUCUUAGUAUCAAUACUCCUCCUGGCACUAAACUGUUGCUUAAUAAUGAAGGACUAGAAGUAUGUCACGGUGUUAUCUGGCUGUCUCCAAGUGUUAUAUCUGUUUUAGGUGGAAAAGUUUCCCACAUGAUAGAAAAAUGGGAAUUAAAUAGGAGUCUUGCAAAACAUACCCGAGGUGGUAUUGGUGCUGACGGAGGGCCACCUCCAUGGAUUCCAUUUGGCCAGCGUUUGGAGGCUCUGUCCGUAGAUAAACAAUUUAAGAGCUUGCAGGAAGCUGCUAAGCAAGAUAAUGCAGAGUUUGAAGCUCAGAGGAAAGGUGCAAUCGCUGAAGCACAGAGAUUGUCUGGUGUUAAGAAGAUAUUUGGGGGAGGCACUAAGCCUUUAUUAGAUGCAAAUGUGCAAAAGAUUGUUGAUGCUGGUUUUUCGGAGGAACAAGCUGAAAAUGCCCUUAAAUAUACUAAAAAUAAUGUGGAUAGAGCCCUCAGGAUAUUACAAAAAAGGGAUAAUUCAGAAAAUAGGAGUAAGGAGAAGCCAAAAGAACCAGAGCAGCCUAAACGCAAGGGACGUAACAAAGAGUCCACUGAUGAAGACAUAAUACCAGUUAAACCAUCUGGAAAGGUGUCGUUAUUUGAUUUUCUUGAAGAUAAACUGCCUAAUGUCCCAGAUAAGGAUAGAAAUAAUCGUAAUCACAACUCAACUACAGACGAUAGAGGUGAUAGAAGUUAUGCUAACAGGGAGCGAAACAGUGCCAAAAGUAAUAGUCGUUCACAAGGUUCAAGAUAUGAUGGACCAAACAGACAUAAAUCAGAUGGCAGAGGCCACUAUUCAAAUGAUAAUCAUCACACAUCGCAUAGAGAGGAUAGAAAGUACCAAACUCAAAAUGAGAAGCCACCAAGAUUUCAGAAAAAGUUAGAAGAAAAAAAUAAACAGCAGCAACAACAACAACACCAGCAACACCAGCAACAGCAGCAACAGCAGCAACACCAGCAACAGCAGCACCAGCAGCAACAACAACACCACCAACAACAACAACACCACCAGCAACUACAACAACAACAACAACAACAACACCAGCAACAACAACAACAACAACACCAGCAACAACAACAACAACACCAUCAUCAGCAACAACACCACCACCACCAACAACAACAACAACACCACCAACCACAAGCUAAUAAGGUCAAUUUAAAUAUGCAAUACAAUAAUUCAUAUCAUACUCAACAACAAAAUCAAUUUAGUGAACAUAAUAUGCGCCAUGAUAGAAAUAUGAAUGAUAAUAAAAUGCAUCAACCUCGUAACUAUCAGAAUAAUACUAAUGCUAUAGAUAGUUUGACAGAGACUACAGCAAAUUUAAAUCUACUAGCAGAUCAAUCACGGCAUACAGAUGAUGUUAUUCAGCCCCGUAACUAUCAACCCCAUCCUGAACAGAUGUAUGCCCCGAAACAGCCCUACUUUCCUAAUCAAAACAUGCAAGACAUACCUCCGUUUAGGAGGAACAAUGAUUUAAAAAAUUACCAAGAUCAAUCCUACCAGAGGAGGCCACAACAGCAACAACAGCAGUCAAAUGGUUACAUUGAGCCUCCGCAGAACCCAAUGUACCCAAAUAUGAACUACUUGAGUGGGACACAAGGGUACAACAGCCGUCAGUAUGGAUAUGGUGGAAGGCCUCAAGAGUAUAACACUACAAUGCGUGCUGGUGGUCCAUUUUUGCCAGGAUCACUACUCGGUUUUCAAAAUGCGGCUGUGAAUGAACAAGCGCGUGCUAUGCUCGGCGUUGCUGAUAUAAAUUGGAAAGUCGGCGAUAGGUGCUUAGCACUUUAUUGGGAAGAUAAUAAUUUCUACGAAGCUGAGAUCACUGGCAUUUCAGCAAACACUGUAGUAGUCAAAUUUUGUGCAUAUGGUAACCAUGAAGAAGUUUUAAAGUCAAACUGCUUGCCCUUCCCUAAUCAACCGUCUGGCGGCGGCGGCGGGUACAUGUCGCGGGGCGGCGUGUUCGCGGCACGGCGGCCGUAG